AUGGCCUCCCUCCAGUUCAUCGAGCCUGCCGGCACAAUCUCCGCAACAGCCUCCGCCAUCCCCCCACUCUCCCAGUCCAUCACAGCCUCAUCAGGACUUUGUCUUCUCAGCGCCGUAACAGGCCAGCAUCAACAUCAUCAAUCGCAAAAUCGUCGCCACUCUGCUCAACAUCUUGCUUCGCCUACCUCGUUGCAGAAUCAGAGAGUCGCUGCCAUCAUACAAGCCACUGGACAUUCUAUCUCAACUGCCCCGUUAACCAACCGGUUUAUUCCUGCUUCUGCCUCCGCGCAGCAAACCUCCCCUCAUCAGUUCUACGCUUCCUCCGCGCCUUCCUCCUCUGCUGCGUUGCACCAACAGCGCCAGACUCGACCGCCUGUGCCUCUGUUCUCGCAAUCAACCGGAAACAUCCCGCAAACUCCAAACAUGGCGAUGCAAGGUAUUUAUGCUCAUUCACAGCUUCCUCUGACGCGCCGUGACUCACAACCCCCCGCAGACAUGGAGCUCUUUGACGAAUUCACCGCCUUCGGGGCUGGUGCCUCGACCAAUCACACGUUCAACUCGGCCUACUCUUCGCCCGCCGUGCCCACGAUCUACGAUCCAACUAUGAACCUGUCAUCGUCAAGCUCCACCAAUAUGGGCACCGUCUCGCCUCAAGAUCUGCUAGUCCGCGACUCGUUCGCAUCUGCUCCCAACUCUACCGCAUUCACAAACUUGACAUCCCCCUCAACGUACAAUGAAUCCCCAGAGUACAAUGACAACUUCGAUGUUUCUCCCUUUGUAGGCAACAACCACGACAUCGACCAAGCUCUCGCUGGUGACCCAUGGUAUCCCCUGUUCCCCCAGGAUGACAACACCGAGCAGCCAAAGGUAGUAGAGUCGCCUCUGCUUCCCGAGGAAGAGCUCCAGGUCUCUGAGCAUCUUCGAUCAAAUUCAACCGCCCGUCGGAGAUCUGGAACAGGCUCAUCUCCCACAUCUGGAAACCAUGCUUCUGUUGCGGGUGUCAAUUCUCGAAAGCGCGACAAGCCUCUUCCACCCAUCAUUGUCGAUGAUCCAAAUGACACCAUUGCUAUGAAGCGAGCGCGCAAUACUCUUGCAGCCCGCAAGUCUCGACAGCGGAAGAUGCAGAAGAUGGAGGAGUUGGAGGAUCAGAUCGCAAAGCUGGAGGCAGAACGGGAUCACUGGAAGGACAUCGCCCUGCGAAGGAACGGUGGACAAUCAUAA